CCAGCAGAAGGCUGCGGGGGCUCUUCACCUGCGGGGCAAGACCCGGGGUGCUGCCAGGGUCUGACUGUAAGGGAGGGCCGACCCCCGCCAGAGGCCCGGCGCUGUCAGAGCUCGGCGGGCACCGCGCCGGUUGCCGGAGUGACGGGGAAGCCCCCUCCCUCCCUCCUUGCCCCCGCCCCGCAAAUAUGGCAGCGCGGCAACGGUGAGAGGCGGCCCGAGCAGGGAGCGGUGGCAGGUGAGGAGCGGCACAGCGGGGAGGAGGCGCCCCCGCCUCUGCGGGCGGGAUCCUCCUCACACCCGGCUCCCCUUAGCCGCCAGGCCGGGUGGGGGGGCCCGGGCCGCUAGCAGGCCGGCGGGCGAGGCGUUCGCAGGGGGCGGGCUCCCGGCACCGCUAGGCAGCGCUCCUCCUUCCCUCCAGCCCCGGGAGCCCCCGGCCGGGUGACAGCCGUGCUGUGCCGAGCCGAGCCGAGCCGCCCCGGCCGGGGCCGCGGAGGCAUCACCCGCUGCUUCCUGGCUCCCUCUCCGCCGGGACGAAGGGAGGCGGGAGCCGCCACCUUCGCGCCCGCCAUGUGGAAGCUCAACAAGAGCAGCAAAGUUCUGCUGGACGACUCGCCCGAGGAGGAGGAGACGCGUCCCCGCGGCCCGCCGCCCGCCGCCGCCUGCGCCGCCGCCGCCUUUUCGGCACCCCAGAAUAAAGACCAGUUUCUUCAUGAUGAAGUUUCAUCUUCAGUGUCACAACUUGCAACAAAGGUUCAAGGUGCAAGUUUCCGGGGUUGGAAGGAAGUGACAUCUAUGUUCAGUAAAGAUGAUGAACAGCAAUUGCUAGCAGGAUGCAAGUCUCCAAAAUCCAAAGGAACAAACCUAAAGUUAAAGGAAGAGAUGAAGUCUGAAAAGAAGCCAGGUUUUUGGGACAGUUUGGUGAUAAAGCAGAAUGUCCCAUCUAGGAAACCUGAUGAGAUUGAGGGAUGGGAACCACCGCAGAUUACCGCUGCUGACUCUACCAGUGAUGCAGCAACUGCUUUAAGUGACUAUACAGCCUGGUCAGGCUGGGAAGAUGAAACCAAAGGCUCCACAAAAUACACCAACCUGGCCAGCUCAGGAAACAGUUCUAGGUGGAGUAUCAAAUCAGCUGGCAAGCUGGUUAGUAUUAGACGUCAAAGCAAAGGUAACCUUACAGACAAUUGGGAAGAACUAGAAUGAUACUGAUAGUAUGAAAUACUUUAUUGAUAAGAAGAGAAGAGUUCCAUGAUUUACUUGUAUGUUUAAACCAAAAUCAAAUCUGCUCAAUAUUGCACCUUUAUACAGUACUUUAUUUUACUCAGAUUGUUACAAAUUUUUGCUCACCUGAUAGUAAAUUUUCUUAAUACAUUGUUAAAUAGCUAUGUUUUCCACACUGAAGAAAAGUAGAGAAUCUAUUUUGUGCCUAUAUUUCACAUUCAGACUGCAGUAUGUUAGAUUGUUGGUUUUACCAAAAAAAAACCAUAAAUGUUAUUCCUUAGUGAAUGUAUACACUGGUUGUAAAUUUGACUGCCUUAUGUAGGAGCUUCUACUGGCUUGAGGUCUUGGGGUUUUUCUGGUGUUUGAGGGCCACUCAAAAUUUGAGUUUUGAUGCUGUCCAUUUUUAACUAAGAAUACUGAUCUGUCACUUGCAGGGGGAAUGCUUAUACUUAAGACUGUAUGGUAGACUGUUUUCCAAAUCUUCAGCCUCAGCAUAUGCUUCAGCUUGUGCACACGAGAUGCUCAACUGUCACAAUGUGCUAUACUGUGUAUGAAAUGGGAAAAUACUAUUCUAAUGUUACUCCUUCCAUCACAGGAUCUUCACCAAUAGUCAGGUCAAAUGGGGUCUUCCAGAGAUUUGUUUUGGUGUUUUUGUUUUGAUAUUGAACGUUGUUUGACAAAGCUAAGCUGCUUAGCUUUUAAGAUGCAUGUUAUGCCAAAAAUGAUUGAAAAUUUGGAAAGCAGCAGUGAGUAGAGUAUAAGAAGAUCUCAAUAUUCAGUAUCUGUAGUCCUGAAUCUAGGGAUAAGUUGCUUCUUAUGGAGGGCUCAUGUUUUCGUUUUUACUGUAGCUGGUCCUUGUGCUACAAACAACUUUCUGGCUUUGUACUGUGCUGUUCCUUCCUGCCCUGCCCUGCCCCAUAAGCAGUGAUUGAAUUAUACUCUGGUGUUUUCAGGGUAACUGAGUAACUGAGCCAUUACUACUAUGUGCAUGCACACAACUUCCGAAGCAUUGUUAUAAAGCUCUGUCUUGUUAGCUACUGAUACUUUUUUUUUCUUUUUUUUUUUUUUUUGGUAAAAGAAGGAGAAGUGUUAAACUUGAGGUUUGAAAUGUAUAUAAGAAUACUAAAAGUGCCUCUUUCUAGCAUAUUGUCUCUCAUUAGCAGUGAGGCUGAUGCCAGAUCCAAAGUUGGUUUCCAUUUUGUUUAUAUCCUAUAUAAAUACUACUUUAACAUUUAUGAAAAAGAAUGAAACCAAAAGUUUCAUAAGAAAUGAUCAGCAGGCCUUUUCUCUCCUGAUUGUUAAGCUGGUGUAACCGAACUGAAGACUUGUUGACUGCCUAGCAACAGGGCCGGUACGGUCGGAAGAUCAGGUUAGCAUUUCAGAGAAAAUCAGCAUUUUUCAGGAAAGCCUAUACCUUUAUAUAAUGGAUGUCUUGUUACAUGUGUUUUUGCAAGAAGCUUACACUGAUGAAAAGGGGUGCAUGCAAUUUUCUUCUGAGCUUGUCCCUUGUUUCUGUUUCUGACACAUUACUCCUUUCUUAGCUCUCUUUCUCCUCUCUCUUCAAAUUCAUGUCUAAUUUUCCGCCUUGCAGUUCCUGCAUAGCUAUUUUUUUUUUUUUGAGGUUUCUGUUGAGAUGUGCCUGGAGGGAAACAGUAGCAAAAUAUUUGUUAUUUUUUCUGAUAUUAAUAGGAUGUUAAAAAACAUUGUUCUUAAGUUUAUGUAAAGGAACAUCAGUGUUCUGUGCUGCAAAACAGGAUCUUGUAAGUGGCAAAUAUAUUUCUAAAAUUGGCAUUAUGUAUUAGAAAAAAUACUAAUAGAGGAGAAAGGGGUAGCAUUUAUCUUGCAUCAUUUAGUCUGUGAGUAAACUCUGUAGUUGCCAUUGGCAAGUACAUAUGCUGAGGUUAAUUAUAGGAAGGAAUUAGUAUUCUUGGGUAAAGUAUGCUGCAUUUUAUAGUUUAUGGAAUACCCUCUAAGGCAUAAGUUAGUAUUUAGUUUGGUUCUUGGUGCUGACGUAAAAGAACAGGGAAAAAAUCUGCUAACAGCCCUCAAUAUUUUGCUCUCAAAUAUGGGCUGAGAACUUUAAUUUCCCUCCUGAAGAAACUAUUUAUACUGUGACCAGUAAAGGUUUUGCCUUGCACAUUAUACUGUUAAGUGCCUGUUUCUCACCUUGAUGAUGUGUUUGAUGCACAGCAACAUUUUUCAGUUUAUUUUUAAAUUGAUAUGAUAAAAAAUAUGAUCACAAAGCUGAAGUCUGUUAUAAAACAAAAUUGCAUCCAAGUGGGAAACUGAGAUAUGUAAAGUUAGUUUAGCUCCUAGUGCUGAACAUUUUCGUGUGCUUUUUAAGUGAGAUUUCCUCAGAAAUAACCAUUCUAAGGGUGAACGUUAUAAAAUUUAAUAUAAUUUAUUGUUAUGCUUUAAUAAUGUAUUUGUCUGUUGAGAACUCAUGGGUGUGAGCUUUCCUUCUCUUAUGUUUAUAAACAUGUCUGAAUUUUCAGAAUGGGGUCUGCUUUCUUUUACCUUCUUUAGAUGCUUAACUUCUUAUACAUUUAUGGGUUUACGCUGUACCCAGCUCUGUUGUGGAUUAAAAGUGUAGAAUAUGUCCCUUAAUAUUUGUUUUGAAACUGCAUUUCAAUCUUUGUGAAAUGGUUUAGAAGAAGGUAGCAUUAAGACUGUAUGAUAAGAUUGCACAAAAUAAAAUAUAGUUUAUAUUGCUUUCUUGUAGCCAGUCUGCAUGAUUGUUGGCGUGGUUUUAACGGGAAUUAAAAGCUUUGUGUGGCUGUAACUAGUCACUUCAUUUAACUCUAAGCAAGGUUCUUUCUGAGUAUUUUUAUUUAUUAGCAUCAUUUGCAAAAAGAAAAGUAGUAUUUUCCAUAUGAAUAAAGACUUAGUUUGAACUGAAA